AGAAAGAGAGAAAGAAAGAAAAGAGGGAAAAAAUCCCACCCACCCUCAUCUGCUGCGGAAUAAAAGAAAUAUCGGCGGGCGCGGCGCCAUGUGAGCGGCGGGCCGGGACCGGGCGGAGCAGCCGGCCGUGCCCCCCGGGACGGCGGGGCGAGCCCCGGGCGGCGCUCGGAGCCGACGGCAUGGUGGAAAACCCCAGCCUGGCGGCCAAACCUGCCCUGCCGGCUGCCCCGCCGCGGGGGCCGGGGGCUGCGGGGGGACUGCGCUUGGCGGCGGUGAUGGAGAGCCUGCAGAGGCAGCAGGCGGCCCGCCUGGCCCGCGGGCCCGACGGCGCUCCCCGACGGCCCCCGGCCGAGCCCGGCCCCGACCCCGAGCCGCCGAACGCCGCUCCCCGCCGCCGCCCGGCCCCUAGCCCGCGGCCGCCGCCCGCCGCAGGGGAGGAGGAGGAGGAAGAGGAGGAAGAGGAAGACGAGGAGGAGGACGAGGAGGAGGAAGAAGGGGUGCCCCACGACCCGCCGCCCCCCCCGCACCACGAGUGGACAUACGAGGAGCAGUUCAAGCAGCUCUAUGAACUGGACGAGGACCCGAAACGGAAGGAGUUCCUGGAUGACCUCUUCAGCUUCAUGCAGAAGAGAGGUAAAGGGACACCCGUGAACCGCAUCCCCAUCAUGGCCAAGCAAGUGCUGGACCUGUACACGCUCUACCGGCUGGUGACGGACAAGGGUGGCCUGGUCGAAGUCAUCAACAAGAAGAUCUGGCGGGAGAUCACCAAAGGCCUCAACCUACCUACCUCCAUCACCAGCGCUGCCUUCACCCUCCGCACGCAAUACAUGAAGUACCUGUAUCCCUACGAAUGUGAGAAGCGAGCGCUCAGCUCUCCCGGGGAGCUCCAAGCUGCCAUCGACAGCAACCGGCGGGAGGGACGGAGGCAGACUUUCGGCACAGCACUCUUCAACUACUCGCCGGCUGGCACCCCAACACUGCUGGGCUCCCCCAAAAUGCCGCUGCCGGCUCUUAGCAUUUCCACGCACAGCUGCAGCCAGCUCAGCCAAGUGCACACUAUUAAGAAAGAGGACGGCGUGCUGGCGGCAGCGGUGCCAGGGCGCAUCGCUAUCCCAGUGGGACUGGCUGGCCACCACCUGGCCGCAGCUCAAGCAGCAGCCGCCUCGCAGGCAGCAGUGCUGGAGCAGCUACGGGAAAAGCUGGAGACAGGGGAGCCCCCGGAGAAGAAGGUGGCCCUGACGGUGGAGGAGCAGCAGCGGCUGGUGCAACACGCACUGCAGCACAACCUGCUGGCUGUGGCGUCCCAGUUUCCCAUGAAUGUCAAGAUCUCCAACCGAGAUGACAGACAGGAGACCGCAUUGAACCUGUCCACCAACGGCAUUAGCAGUAUCAACAUGUCAAUAGAAAUAAAUGGAGUUGUCUACACAGGUGUCCUGUUUGCCCGCCGGCCCCCGGCCCCGCUGGCACCUGGUGGAGGGAGCACCCAGAGCCGCCCGAACCCUGUGCCGGCCCCGAAUCCGCUGCUCCCAGCCCCGUCGCACAGCCACACUCCCACCAGCACGUCGCCGUAGGGGAGAUGUCCCCCCACCCUGAAAGCAGAUGCAGAUAUCCAGGACCUGGGGGCCUGAGCUGAGGAACCCAGCUGGGCCAUCAGGCGCGAUGGGGGACCCAAAGGUGCCCCGUGCUGCAGUACUGAGUUGUGUCUGCAAGGCUGUGAGCACCUAUGUGGCCCCAUUUUUCCCUUAUCCCCACAUGUGAGACCCUUUCCCUCCAAAUAUUGCCCCUCACACACCGUUCUUCCCAGGUGCUGCCCCCAGGUGCCCCCCCCAUACAGCUCCUGCCUGCCCUGCUGCCUGGUGCGCCCCGGGCCCCGCAUGCUGUGUCCCCUACACACUGCAGCCCCUAUACACACCUUGAUGCACGCACUGUCACCCCUAUACCCACCUCAGUGCAUGCACUGCAGCCCCUAUACACACCUCAAUGCACACAGUGUGUCGAACACAUUGCCACACUCAACGCACACACUGCAUCUCUUACAUACUGUCUCCCCUAUACACAUCUCUGUGCACACUGCAUUCCUUAUAGAAACUCUCAAUGCAUAUGCUGCAUCCCCCAUACACUGCAUUCCCUAUGUACAUCCCUAGUGCAAACACUGCAGUCCCUAUACACUGCAGCCCCUAUAAAACUGUAGCCCUUAUACACUGCAUCCCCUCUAUACUGCACCCCCUACCCACUGCAGACACCCCUACACCACCCUCCCACGCUGCUUGGACUCGCUGCCACCACCCUGAGACACCCUCAGGGUCCUGAGUGCCCUCUGGCCACCCCAGGGUGGUGGCACCUCAACCCCCCAGGUCCUCAGCUCUGGGGGUCACCCUGGGGGGCAAAUACUGGGGAUAUUAGUGGGACUGGUGGGGGUGAGAUGUGAUGGGUUAAGUGGGGGUGGAGCUUAUUGGGGUGGAACUUGUGUACUGGGAGGUGUUUGUUGGUGGGGGCCAGGGCAGGGAAGCCCAGCAGUGCCCCCACCACCAAAGACAGCCUGGAUGCCGGGGUCCCCGGGCGGAGGGCAAGGAGAUGGAGGACACCGCGCCAGGCACUCCAAACUACCUCGUUGGGGCCGGGUGGGCACCUUCCCCACCCGCUCGCACCCCUGGGUGCCAAAAUAGGCGAGCGUGGGGCAACACUCACCUCUACCUCAGCGCGGGGGGGGCGGGGAUCGGUACUGCCGGGCUCCCCCCCCGCACUCCCACCACAGCUGUGCCACUCUGUGUAUCUAUUAAAGGCAACAAACUGCGGAACCAAA